CUCACAGUUCUAGUCUCCUCCUCCCCUCUCCUCUUCCCCCAUUUCCUUCUCCGCCCGCCACUCCGCUGAAUCCAAUCCAGCCGCGACCGCGAGCUCUGCCAAUCCGGUCCUAAAAACCGGUUCUUGCGCUCUUUCCGGUAGGUUUUGGACCCCUGCCGAGCAGCAAUGUCCGCACUGGCGAGGCUGCGGGGGCGGCGGCGGGCAGCCGCCAAGGAGGCAGCGCGCGAGCCCGACCCGUUCACCAUCGAGGAGGAGGUGGCCCACCUCACCCGGAUUGGGUCGGAGCCGUGCCCGCGCACGCGCAGGCGCAAGAGGGGCGUCUCGGCCUUCGACAUGCUGGCGUCCAGGGAGUCCGGCCGCGCGGGGCCCGGCGGCGGCGGGUUCUGCUCGGCCGACCGCGCCUACGCCGCCGGGAAGCACCUCCCGGCGGAGGGGCCCUGGUGCGUGGAGGACAUGGACAGUGAGGCCUAUGUCUCGCAGUUCUCCAGUGAUGGCUCGUUGCUCGUUGCCGGGUUUCGGGGAAGCCGCAUCAGAAUCUACGAUGUCGAUAAAGGCUGGAAGGUUCAUAAGAACAUAAGCUGCAGAAGCAUGCGGUGGACGGUUUCAGAUAUCGCGCUCUCCCCUGAUCAGCGGUACCUUGCCUAUUCCAGUUUGUCGCCUAUUGUUCACAUUGUGAAUGUGCAGAGUGCUGGAAGGGAAUCGGAUGCCAAUGUUAAUGAAAUUCAUGAGGGCUUGGAAUUCUGUGAUGAUGAUGAGUACUCUUUCGGGAUAUUCUCUGUGAAAUUUUCAAAAGACGGUCGAGAAGUUGUUGUUGGGAAUAAUGAUAGUUCAAUAUAUGUCUAUGAUCUUGGAGCAAAUAAAGUAUCAGUCCGCAUCCGUGCUCAUGCGGCUGAUGUCAACACGGUCACCUUCGCUGAUGAAAGUGGUAAUGUCUUGUACUCUGGAAGUGAUGACAAUCUCUGUAAGGUAUGGGAUAGGCGUUGCCUUGUAAGAGAAAAACCAUCAGGUGUUUUGUCAGGUCACUUAGAUGGGAUUACGUGUAUUGAUAGCCGUGGUGAUGGGCGUUAUCUAAUCUCCAACUGCAAGGAUCAGACUAUCAAACUUUGGGACAUAAGGAAAAUGUCGGCCACCACAAAAGGACGACCACCAAGAUUAUAUGACUGGGACUACAGAUGGAUGGCGUUCCCAACAAAUGCUAGAUACUAUAAGCAUCCAAAUGAUCAGUCUCUGGCAACAUACAGGGGGCAUUCAGUUCUGCGGACACUUAUACGCUGCUACUUUUCCCCAAUGCACAGCACGGGUCAGAGGUACAUAUACACCGGAUCAAGUGACGAUACUGUGUAUAUCUACGAUGUGGUAACAGGGGCGGUCGUCAAGAAGCUUUCGUGGCACCGAUCGAUCAUCAGGGACUGCACCUGGCAUCCCUACCGCCCAACACUUGUCAGCUCUUCCUGGGACGGGUACGUGGCCCGGUGGGAGGCAUCAGGCGAUAAGGAGGACCCAUCGAUGCUCUCGUUCGAUGAGCAGAGAACUAGCCCUUACCACCAGACAUACGGGUUGUCAUUUGCCAUGUAGCAGAGCCAAGGCGCCAUUACCUCGCGUAGGGUUCAUGGUAUGAGCAUUCAUGUCAGACAACUUGGUUCCUCUUGCUGUCACUAAUAGAAAAUGCAGGGAUGGAAACAUGCUGUCUUGUAAAUUUGUGCGCGGUUGAUCUUGUGAUGCCAUGCCAGUGACAAGCCAAUAAAGUAUGAUAGUGAGUUCACUGUAACGAUGCAAGUUAAUAAUGUAUGUGUAGUUUAGUCACGGUACGGAUUUGUCCAGAUUAUUGCCAUGAAUGAAGAGUGCAGUUGCCAGUGUGCCGUUC